AUGCCCGAGGAGGGGGCAGCGGAGUUAUCAGAGGUCCCGGGCGCCUCCGGACAGCGGCGGCUGCGGGACGAGCGAAGGAAAAUAAGCCGAGGGGGCCUGGUGCGGCGGCGGCGGGGAUCCUGGCAGUGCCCGCGGAAACCUUUCCAGAGAAGUAACAUUUUCCAGCUGCGCUGUGUGCAAACCCCUGACGCCGCGGACCAGGUGGAGGGAGAGGAGGGAGGGCGGUGCGAGCGCGGGGCUCUCCCACACGCGGCGCCCGGGCCUCCCAUCCCUCCCCGUCCCGCCAGGGCCCUGUGCGCCUACGUGGUGCACAGGAAUGUGACCUGUGUCCUACAGGAGGGAGCAGAGAGCUACAUAAAGGCUGAGUACCGGCAAUGUGGAUGGGGGCCCAAGUGUCCCGGGACAGUCACGUACCGCACGGUGCUCAGACCCAAAUACAAGGUUGGCUACAAGACGGUGACAGAACUCUCCUGGCGUUGCUGCCCCGGGCUCACUGGAGAAGGCUGCCCUGAGCACCUCACAGACCAGGAGUCCACCUCACCCCACCCGGAGCCCCAGAUCCCCCCCGGGCAGCUGGGCCCAGGCCCCAGGCCCCCUCCUUCUAGCAGAGCGGCCCCCAGCCCCUAUGGAAGGAAAGGCCCAGGGUUAUUUGGUGAGCGGCUGGAACGCCUGGAGGGUGAUGUCCAGCGACUGGCACAAGCAUAUGGUACUCUCAGUGGCCUGGUGGCCAGCCACGAGGACCCCAACAGGAUGACUGGUGGCCCCAGAGCUCCUGCUACCCCCGUGGGCUUUGGGGUCAUCCCGGAGGGGUUUGUGAACCCUGGAGACAGAGCUGGAGGGCCGCUUAUACCUCCCCUGGAUGAGAUCUUGAGCAAGGUGACAGAGGUGAGCAACACGCUACGGACCAAGGUGCAGCUGCUGGACGAAGUACAUGGAUUGGCCCUCGGCCACGAGGCUCACCUGCAGCGGCUGCGGGAUGCCCCCCCAUCUCCGCUCACCUCCCUGGCCCUGCUGGAUGAAUAUGUGGACCAGCGGCUGCAUCAACUCUGGGGGGGCCUGCUGGAUGGCUUCGAGCAGAAGCUGCAAGGCGUCCAGAGUGCGUGUGACCUGCGAGUGCAGGAGGUGCGGCAGCAGUGCGAGGAAGGUCAGGCGGCCAGCCGGAGGCUGCACCAGAGCCUGGAUGGCCGGGAGCUGGCCCUGCGCCGGGAGCUCUCGCAGCUGGGUACCCGGCUGCAGGGCCUGAGCGUGGCUGGUGGGGGCAGCUGCUGCAGCCAGCUGGCCUUGAUCGGUGCCCGCAUGGACAGCCUCGAGAGGAACCUGCAGGCAGUCACCGAGGCCCAGAGGGGCCAUGGCCCCCCCACCAGGGAUGAGCUCACGCGGCUCUCUGCUGCCAUGCUCGAGGGGGGUGUGGAUGGAUUUCUUGAAGGCCUGGAGACCCUCAAUGGGACAGCGAGUGGAGUGAGGGGCUGCUGUCUGGGGAUGAAGGAGGGGGGAUGGGGUGUGGGCGGGUUCAGGACCAUACUGGAAGAGCGUGUGCAGAGGCUGGAGGAGCGCCUGCUGACCCUGGCUGGGGACUUAAGCCAUGAUGGCACCCCACCGGGCAGGUCCACACGGCCCCUGGUGCAGACAGAGCUGGCUGUGCUAGAACAACGGCUGGUCUCGCUGGAGACCUCCUGUACCCCCAGCACCACCUCAGCUAUCCUGAACAAUCUCAUGGCAGAGGUGAAGGUCUGGCAGAACCAGAUUGAGGCCCUCCUACGCCAGGUGGCCAGCCACGCGGCCUUGCUCCAGCAGCUCAAUGGCACUGUGGCCGAGGUCCAGGGGCAGCUGGCAGAAGCAGCGGGCAGCUCACUGCAGGGCGAGAUCACCCUGCUCAAGGUCAAUCUGAACUCUGUGAGCAAGUCACUCACAGGCCUCAGCGAUUCCGUCAGCCAGUACUCUGAUGCCUUCUUGGCCACCAACACAUCCCUGGAUGAGCGGGAACGCAAGGUGGAGGCUGAGGUCCAUGCCAUCCAGGAGCAGGUCAGCAGCCAAGGCUCACGGCUUCGGGCUGGCCACAGGCAGGUCCUGAGCCUGCGGGGGGAGCUGGAGCAACUCAAGGCCGGUGUGGCCAAUGUGGCUGGCGGGCUGAGCCGCUGCCAGGACACAGCCCAGGAACUCCAGCUCGCAGUGGGCCACUUUGACCAGAGGGUGGCGCAAGUGGAGGGCGUAUGUGGGAAGCUGGGCCGGAUGGCUGCAGACCUGAACAGCUUGCCCACCGAAUCACUCAGGCCCAGGGAGGGCCUGUGGGGCCAUGUGGACCAGCUGAACCGCACGCUGGCCCAGCACGCACAGGACAUCGCUCGCCUCCGGGAUGACCUGCUAGACUGCCGGGCCCAGCUGGCCAAGCAGGCGUGGCCUGGGCGGGCAAACUAGGCACGCUGGACAGGACCCAACCCCCAGAUCCCACCAACCCUGGAAACCUGGGGACAUCACCCCAGAGCCGAGACCAUGCCUCCCAACCUCCCGUGGCCAGUGCAGGUGCCACUGUAGAGGCCACUGAAGGAACAGUCUUGGUCCAGCUCCACAUGACUGUUUCAGACACCAACACCCAUGCUCAGUGCUGCAUCGACUGGACAGUUCAGGACAGUGGUCAAGGCGAGGGUGACACGCCUGGAGGCCAGGGUGGACCUAAGGGACCUCACAAUCCAGUUUGCCAGUUGCUCUUCUGUGGAUAUAAGUCGGCACCUGUGCAAAGACUGCAGGUCCAUUCUCAGUGGCCCAUCCACAUCUCCCUUUGACCCGGGGCAGUAGGCCCAAGCCCGUGGAGGCUCUGGUUCCUUUGUCCCCUUAGCUUCUCUCCCCAGUCACCUGGACUCAGUUUCUGCAGGAAGGUGCUGCCCACUGGCACUGUCCUCACACCUGGCAGCUUCACAGAUGCUAUUUCUGGACCAAGGACCAAAGGUCCCCCCCACCCCCCACAGGUCCUUCAGGACAGAACAGAAGCACAGACCCAGCCACUUGUUCUCUUUAUUCCUUUUCAUCCCCCACCCAGGGGAGGGCUUAGGCAGCUGUAGGUUCCCAGGGGACAGGACUGGGUCCGGGUGAUCUCUUUGGAGACCCCUGCAAUUUAUGCUUUUCCUUCUCUUCCCCAAAGGUGUUUUCAGGGCACUCUGGUCCCCACAUAGUCCUCUCCUUUCCUUGUGGGGGGAAAUUGUUAGGGCCACUCAUGUAUGUCAUGGCCUGAAUGAGGCCAGGCGCUGGGCAGGAGGCCAUGGCUGGAGGGAGAGGGCUCCAGGCCUAGUUUCCAACAUCCUUCCCCAGCCCCGCCUGGAUGUUCAGGAAGUCAUGAGGAGUUCAGGUAGAACACUACCAAGGAACAGUCUGAAAUACAAGUGUUCAUCUGGCCUGUGCAGUUCCCAGAGACCUGAUGCCUAUCUCUGCUGAGGCUCCUGGCCUCAAUUUCCCCAUAGCAGCAUGGGCCCUCUGGUGCUGUCUUGCAGGUCCCUGUAGCCCUGCCUCUGGUUUCUCAACAUUUGGAAUUCUGCCCUCCAUUGUGGUGCUGUUGGGGGAGGGCGGGCCCGGAUUAAAGCUUUUAGCCUA